AUGCAAAUUAGUUAUAAGGCAGCAGAAGGCUUCUUCUUUUUAGCCCCCGCUCUUUUAUCAUACACCUUUAGUGGAAAGUUAAAUGAGAUUGUUACAAAGUAUGUGAUGUAUGUUCGAUUAGCAUUUGUUGCUUCUAUUAUUCUAGAUAUGGCUGUUUCAUACAGAAUCAAAAGAAGAAUAGAAAUGCACAAUGUAAAGACAAAAAUAAAAUUUGCAACUGACGACUACAUUGUAAUUCCAGCUGCAGUGCAGGACGAAAAUGAAGAACAGGCACAGAGUGAGCAGAAGGGAGAAGUGGAAAUUGAAAUGACAGUCCAUGAUUAUGACUUAAAGGUAAUCAAUGCACACAUAUCAAGAAUUCUGUCUAAUGCUGCAAUUCAUUUGGCAAUACAUCUGUUUAUGAAAAGUGGCCAGCCAUUAAUGAUGCUUAUUUUUAAUCCACUAAAGCACUUCAUUCUUUUCCCUCCAUACAUUGAGUACAUCACUGGGCGAUCCAUGCUCAGACCAUUCUCCAGGAACUACAUCAUUGGAGGGUCUGAGAAGAGAAAGUCUGCAAAGCCAGCAGAAAAGGUCGAUGAAAUCCCAGAAAAAGAAAUGAAGGUAAAGAAAGAGGAAUAGAGUAUGAAUAAACUAUCGGUUUCUCAUUGCAGAGCAAUAAAUGAUAUUUGGAUUUUUCGGGUUAUUCGGG